AUUUUCAACAACCAUUCACUUCAUACUUCAUACCUUGUCAUUUCUUCUCUAUCUUUCUAUCUCCAAUCCCUGCAACUACCCCCCCCCCCCUUUCCUUCUACACCAUUGAUCACCACACCCAAUCUGAAGAAACCCCAAGGAUUUUUCACCUGAAUCUAUUUUACUUCAAACCCUUUCUCUCUCUCUCUCUCUCUCUCUUUCUAGGAUAUGUCUCCCAAUUAACACUUCUCUUCAACUUCAUAGAUAUAAAGGAAAGACCUAAUACUUAUUGUUGAACCACAAACAGUGGGAAAGAGUAGGAGGAGUGAUUAGGAGAGUGGAAGUGAUUGUUUGGGUGUUAAGAAAGAAAAGAUGGAGCUAUUCCCAGAUUUAUCCUUGCAGAUCAGCCCUCCAAACCCCAAACCUACAUCCACAUGUAGGACAAGGGAGGAAGACAUAGAUUUGGGUUUCUGGAAGAGACCUCUGGACUCAAGGAACUCCAUAUCUUCAAUGGCUAAACCUGAUAACUGCAUCGACCUAUCUUUGUCCAAUCCUAGGAUUUCAGAGUCCAACUCCAACCACCUUCAACUCCUCCACAACGGCACCGCCAAUUGCAAUGGUAACCUUUUCCACGCCUAUAACCAAAACCACUUCCCCUACCAUCACAAGCAUCUCCAACAUCCCCUACUGUAUCAGCACCAGCAGCAGCGGCAACAACAACAACAAGGGCUGGGGCAAGAGCUUGGCUUCUUGCGACCCAUAAGGGGAAUUCCCGUCUACCAAAACCCUCCUCCUCCGCCUUUUCCAUUUGCUCAACAACCUUUGGAUUCAUCUUUAGCUUCCUCUCCUUCUUCUUUGGCUAGUAAUACUAUUAAUACCAGCAGCACAAGCUUGAGCCCCUUUCAGUCUCAAGGGUUGAUGAGAUCGAGAUUCAUGUCAAGGUUUCCAGCCAAACGAAGCAUGAGAGCUCCAAGGAUGCGGUGGACGACUACACUCCAUGCUCGCUUUGUUCAUGCUGUGGAGUUAUUGGGUGGUCACGAAAGAGCUACACCCAAGUCAGUUCUUGAGCUAAUGGAUGUCAAAGAUCUUACCUUAGCACAUGUUAAAUCCCAUCUACAGAUGUAUCGAACUGUGAAGACCACAGACAGAGCAGCUGCAUCUUCUGGACAAUCAGAUGCAUUUGAGAAUGGAUCAUCUGGGGAUACUUCUGAAGAUUUGAUGAUGGACAUUCAAAACCCAAGGAGAUCUGAGAUGUCAGUUCAGCAGGGAAGAUCAUCAUCAUCAUCAAAUGCUUAUCAAGACAAGGAGUACCAUGGCCUUUGGAGCAAUUCAUCAAGGGAAGCUUGGUUGCAUGGGAAACCCAAGGACUCUGCUGGAAACGUACCAUCUCUCCAGAAGGAUAUGGAUCCAAAGUGCUUAAGCCAUGAGAGAGUAUCAGAUGGAAGUUCAUCAAGCCUAUCAGGGACAAGCCCUAAGAAGCCUAAUUUGGAAUUUACCUUGGGGGUACUGCCACAUUGAUAUAAAAGAAAUAUCUAUAUAACCAAAAAAAAAGAAUAUUUUUUUUACAUCUUUGUGUGUGUACUACUACUCAUUUUGAAAUGAUUAUAAUCUCUGAUCUGAAGAGGGAAGUGAAGUAGCUGGUGAAAGAGAAUCAGGUACCCUUUCAGAAAAAAAAAAUAUAUUCAGAGGAAAAGGAAAAGAGAGCUAAAGAAAGUGAAGGAGACAAGAAAGACAGAAAGCGACAAAGGAAGAGAAUGGGAGUGGUUAAAAAAUUAACCCCAAAAACCAAAAGCAAACAAAGGAAAGAAAAAAAGCACACGUCCUUCCUAUCAAGCUGCUGCUGCAACUGUGCCUGUCUGUGACUGUGAGAGAUCCAAAUCAACAUAUUAUGUUACUAAGUAAAUAUAAUCAAUCUAAUUGAUUUUGUAUGUUUUGCACUUUGAGACAGAGGGAGGAUGAUCGUGAUGAUGAAGAAAAGGAAAUUGAGAGAAAAGUGAGGGAGUGAGUGAGUGACCCUUUAACUAUCUUUUGAAGCUAUGAAGUGAUCCUUGGUAAUUGUAAUGGAGCACUUUACAUUCUAUAAAAUAUUAUUUUUUAGAA